AUGAUCGAAAAUCGUGAGAAUCUGAUCACCGCCAUUGAGAACGACGACCAAGACACGGCGACGCGUAUCCUUACCGAAGAAUUCGAUAACAAGUUCCUCCAACCUGUCGGAGUUGUUCGAGUGACUGCGAUUCAGCUGGCUGCUUGGCACGGGAGAAUAAACUUGCUUAGCCUACUGUACGAAAACGGUGCUGACGUAAACGCGACAGACAAAAUCGGAAGAUCCGCGUUGUUUCACGCCGCUCAUCGUGGAAAUUGCCAAGUGGUGAAUUGGUUGCUGGAACGCGGGGCAUGCACGGAUAGCAGAGUCGGCAUCGAUUCUUGCUUCAAGGAUUUCACCGGUUUAUCUUUCGACCAGAGUUUUAUAGGCCGAAACUUGCCAAUCCCGGAGUGUUGGGGUAGAACGGCUCUGCACCAGGCGGUAAAGAACAAUCACUCCGAAGUGGUCGGGAUUUUGAUAAAUGCCGGAGCAGACGCGAACGUUCGAGACGAUCGCGGAAUCACGCCGUUACUCUUAGCAGGAUCUACCGUGACUGGGGAAGAUGCACCUGAGAUGUCCAAGUUUGUUGCAAUUGUUGAAACCCUCGUGGCCGCGAAGGCGUCGACAAACGUAAUUCAUCCCGAUACAGGCACCACGUCGCUUCAUCACGCCGUAGUAUUAGGGAGUUUGUUGGCAACAAAAAUAUUGUUGGAUGGAGGCGCGUGGCCCCUUUAUCGAUGCAAAAGCACAGGAAGCACCCCUGUUCAUAUUGCUGCCAGCAUUGGAAACCUAAAGAUUCUUAGGGUUCUUCUAACGGCGAUACCUCCCGAGCAUGUGGACAUUCGAGACAAGGUGAUUAAUCGGACGCCGCUUCACAGAGCCUCUUAUCAAGGACACCGCGAAUGCGUUCGGGCGCUAAUCGAUCAGGGUGGUAACCUAGCUGCAGAAACGAAAACCGGUGUCACCGUUAUCGACGCCAUCUUCGCUCACAUACAAGCACCGGUGUUAUUUUUAAUGGGCAUCUUGGAUUCUCGAGUGCGAAUUAACAACUUUGCGGAUAAUAAUUCAUGCAUCACCGUGGACUUUGACGUGCUAGCGCCGAAAGGAGAACUACAAAUGGGGGUGGUCGCGACCCUCAUCGCGGCAGUUUCGGACAUGGAGCAAUUAACGAUACUGCAACAUCCACUGGUGGAAACUUUCCUCUGGUUAAAAUGGUCCAAGCUAAAAGUAUUCUUCUCGAGUCUGGUCCUCGUCCAGGCUGUGUUCGUCUUCUCCCUGUCCGGAUACUCGAUAAGUUUGUUGCAAUACGAGACCGAUCGUACCUCGUUAAGAAUGAUUCUGACUCUCUGUUCGUGCAUCCUAUUGUUCCACAACAUGGGCCAGGUGUUGAUGGUGCCAAGGUAUUAUUUGAGACAGUUUGAGACGUGGUUGUCGUUUGCAUGCGCGACGAUAUCGCUGGCGGUUUCGGUAAGUAGCGGUUACGCGGUAGGAAUUGUGAUCCAGGAAAAGGGAAAGGUAUUAAACGCUCUUCAGCAACCCUCGCAAUGGGUGUUGCAUUCCAUCAGCGUGGCAAUCUUGCUUGGCUGGAUACAAAUGAUGCUGUUGGUUGGUCGUCUACCGAUGUACGGAUAUUACGCGCUCAUGUUCUCCACGGUAUUGAAGAAUAUUCUCAAGGUUCUCCUAGCGUUCGUCUGCCUGAUUGUCGGAUUCGCGUUGAGCUUCGCCGUUUUGUUCCACGGGAACGACCAGUUUCGCGAUUCCUGGAGGGCCGUCGUGAAGACCGUGGUAAUGAUGAUGGGUGAGUACGAGUACGGGGCCCUGUUCUCUGACGAGAAGAAUGGGAGUUCCUUCCUACCAGCCACGAGCAGGCUCGUGUUCCUCGCUUUCGUCAUGCUCGCUAGUAUCGUCCUGAUGAACCUGAUGAUCGGUCUCGCGGUCAAUGACAUCCAGGGCCUCGAGAAGGAGGGCCACAUUCGCCAACUGCUCAAGCAAGCCGAAUUCGUCAGCCAUUUGGAAAGGCUGACGUCACACCGAAUCUUUCGUAGCAAUUGGCUACAUCCUCGGUUAAGUUCGCUACUAGACUCGAGACGCGGCAUUCCCACAAAAAUUACGUUUGGCUGUCACGAGCAUUAUUUUCAUGAAUCAUCGCCCGGCAUCCCGAUGAAGCUGAAAGAGUCGUUGUUCCUGCUGGCUUCGAGCAACAUGCGCGACACAGAAAGUUCGAUAACGAGCGGUGAUUGCGAGAACAACAACAACAACAACAACGCGGAAUUAACGUCACUGUUGGAACAAGUGCUGUUACAAUUAAGGACAUCUUAUUAUCCAUGCGCGACCAGACCAAAGUCUGCGAGGUCCUUUAAUACGCGAAAUCAAACGUGUCGAAGAAAAAGUACAAAUGUGUAGAGU